CUCAACAAAUCAUUUCUCUAAGCAAACCAUUCCCUUUCUUCACAUAACAGCAAUACACGACUACAUAAAGGUAGCUAAACUUUAAAUCAGCCGGAAAAUGCUUCGCAGCGGAAAUACUACAACGCUGCUGUGCGAUGAGCAGACCAAGUUUAUCCUGGAGCGAAUCAGCACGGUGGAGAAACAUUUCGGCGAGCUGUGCGGCGCGUUUGCCGAAUACACGCGCAAGGUGUCCCGAAUGCGUGACAAGACGGACGAGCUGGCGCACACCACGCAGGACUACUGCGAUACGGAAAAGCUGCAUCCCACGCUGGCCGGUGCCCUGUUCAGCAUGGCCAAGGCCGUCACGCUGCUGGGCGAUUUUCACGACGCACGGGUGAAGCGGCUCGAGGCGAAGAUUGUCUCCGAGCUGGCACAGUACGAAACGGUCUGCAAGCACUGCAAGGAAGACUUGAAGGAAGCGCUGCUAGUGCGGGACAAAGAUUUGGCCAAGCGGAAGCAGCUCGAGCAAAGCAAAAGUCGCAACGGAAGGUUAAAGCGCAACACGAACGAUACGGAAAUUAUCAAAUCGAACCUAGAGGUGGAAAAGGCGUUGAAAGAAAUCGAGCACCAGGUGGAGCGGUUUGAGAAGCAGAAGCUGCACGACCUGAAGGAACUGCUGCUAAGCUUUGUGCUGAUUGAGCUCAAGAUGCACACGCAGGCGGUGGAGGUGCUUUCGGCCACUUACCAAGACAUCAGCGAUAUUGACGAGUCGAAGGAUUUGCAGAGCGUUCACAAGGAAUUAAAAAGACAGAAUCGGCAAUUUAAAAAAAUCCUCCAACAAGACACCGUCCCUGACCGUUACUUCCUUCAGCGCAUCAAAAGCCAGUCCAUGGGUGCGCUGAACGCUACCCUUGCUGGGUUUAACACGGGCCGUAAAAAUAAAAGCCUCAGCUCAAACUCGCUCAAUUCAUCCCAGGAACAAGAGGAACAGGAGAUUGUCACGGAAUCGAGCGAACAGCAGCGAACGCAGAAAAAAGGUGCCACCGUCUCGAGACGUUCGAACAAAACGUCCAUCCAAUCAGUAGAUUCAUUGGACACAUUGAAGCGUAACUUGUCUUCCGACUCGGAGAGCACUUCCGAGGAAGACGACACCGAGGACAGCGAAACGCUAACGGACGAAAACACGGAUACUCCGAUCAAGACGAUAAAGGCAGCAGGUGGCUUGAGCGAUUAUGGGAAAAAGAGUCAGCGCAAGAAUUGUAUCGUUUCGGUUCGUAAGUUUCAAUUCGAAAGCGGUACGAUUAGAAUGGACGGUUACUCUCCGUCGAUGUUACUGGAUCGUAACCUAGCAACCAGGUCUGUUGAAUCGAAUCGAACCGUAUUAGAGAUAGGAACCGUUAUUACUAGCAUUAAACGUACCGUAUGCUUAUGGGUGCGUUGGAUUGGUGAAGGAAUUGCACGGUUACUAUGGUUUGAUGGGAUUGCUAACAAACCCAAUGUUACUUACAUGCCAUUUUUACAAUGA